AUGUCUGGGAGGUGCUUCGGUCGUCGGCGUGGGAAAGGUAGGCCGGCGAGGCGGUCACUGCUUAAAGCGCCGUCUCUUGCACGGCCUGUGCAACGCAGAGAUGGUGACCACGGAGGCUCGAUUCUUCACCAAGCGCGAGACACCAGAAGCGCGUUGAUUGAGUUGGCACCCCAGCAGCAUCUGUGGAUCGAGACAGACCUACGGGACAUGCAAGACGGCUUAGAGCUUUCGCCGGGAGAUGGCAUACUUUGGCUGGUGGCGGCUUUGGCGCAAGUCUGCCAGGAGUACGCUGCCGACUGCUCCGCGAAGGUUGAGACUGAGGUGCCCCGACCCGCCCCACCGGUUCGAACACACCGUCGGCAAGAGGUCCCUGCACGGGCCGACGCGAGAAAGGCAGACCGGAUCGCAAGCAAGCUCGUCCAUCAACCGCAGCCUACGCCACUGAACGUCAUCAAGAUUUGUUGA